AUGACCAAAGAGGUCGCCGUCCAACAACCUACGGUUGACCUGGAGAACCGCGCCCAGGAUGUCGAGCUCAGGUCUCUCGAGCCCACGACCGACUCGGACGGUGCACCACUGGAACCCGUCGUGACAGAUCCCCAUGGUAGUCGACCAGCCUGCUUCAGCAGCCUCCUUCAGGAAGUUCUCUUCGUCCUGACCACGACCGUCGCCGUGGGACAAAGCUCAAUCUUCACGGGAGCCUUACUCUGCAUGACCAACUUCAUCGGCAAAGAUUUGAACAUGACGGCCGCCGAAGUCACCUGGAUCAGUGCGGCACAGACACUUGCGGCGGGGACGUUUCUUUUGUUCUUCGGCCGGGUAGCUGAUCUCUUUGGCCGACGGCUCCUGUUCUUGGUGAGUAUUGGAUUCUUCAGCAUUUGUCUACUGGUUGCUGGGUUCGCCACCAACGCCAUCUAUAUGGACGUCUUCUGCGGCCUUGCGGGAUUGAGCUCGGCCGCGUCAGUCCCACCGGCCAUUGGUAAAUUGGGAGCUGUUUACGAAAAGCCGUCACGUCGGAAGAAUCGUGCAUUCGCCUGCUUUAGUGGAGGGAAUCCGGUUGGUUUCGUGCUUGGGGCAUUCAUCGCGGGCGUGACGAUGCAGAUCACGACGUGGAGAGCCGUCUUUUGGGUCAUGUCCGUCAUGUAUGCUUUCUUCUUUGUGGCCGCUUGGUGGACAACGCCCCCGGAUACGGAGCAGAAGUUGGGAGGGUUCAACGUCGAGACAUUUGUCAAAUUCGAUCUACUUGGGGCAUUUCUGGCUGUCGUCGGUAUAGCCAUGUUUACAGCAGCGUUGACCAUGGGAGGUGAAGCCUCGGGUGGAUGGGGCACACCCUAUGUGAUCGCAUUGCUGGUGGUAGGAUUGGCCUUGACGGGAGGCUUCAUCUACUGGCAGAGUGUCUUUAGAUAUCCUCUGAUGCCGCUGGGCGUCUGGCGGGAUCGCAACUUCAGCUUGGUGGUGAUUAUUUUGUGUUUGGGAUUCUACGGCUUUUCGGGCAAUAUGUUCUGGGCAUCUCUUGCCUGGCAACGCAUCGAAGGAGUGUCUCCGUUGAUGAAUGCAGUCCGAUUGCUACCAGCUGGAAUUGGAGGCAUUUUGGUCAACGUCCUGGCCGCCAUGAUCAUGCACCGGGUCAGCAACAAGUCGAUCAUGAUUGUUGGUGCCGCGGCGCAUGUUAUCUCAUGUGCGUUGUACAGUGCGACAGCCCGGAACAUUUCAUACUGGGCGUUGUUUUUCCCAGCACAGCUGUUUGCGGUGGUCUCUCAGGAUCUCGAGUUCACGGUGACGAAUAUGUAUGUGAUGUCGAGUCUUCCAUCGGAUCAACAAUCGGUGGCGGGGGGGUUGUUCAACACCGUGAUCCGAUUGGGAGCGACGGUGGGGAUUGGAAUACAGACCAGUAUCUACAACAGUGCAGGAGGUGAAGAGCACAAUCGAUGGAGACCGUACCAGGCUACAUUUUGGGUGUCACUUGUUGGCGGUGUGUUGGCAUUGGGCUUUGUUCCAUUUUUGACGCUUGGUCGCCAGGGAGGUCGAAAGCAUCAGGAUUGA